GCAGGCGUAUCGAAUUCCCAAGAGCUCAAGCCACAGAUAGGGCCACUAAUGAGGAAUUUCCCUUCUGGAAAUAAAAUAGAGAGCCAAAUGGAUACAGAACAGCGGUCCGUUUUCAUUUCCUAACGUCUUAUCUAAAAUGGACGCUCAUAAAGUUCUGUGCAGACCCUUUGUUUCUUGACCCAUAUUUGAAGCAGUUUAUUCGUUAUGAAAGUCUGCACUUGGGAAAUAUAAGAGGGAAACUGGGAUCAUCAGGGUGUCAGGAGUUUCGGCAAUGCACCAGUUAAAUCUACCCGUUUUUGGGGAGCAAAAUAAAGCCAGAAAUUCUCCGCAGCAGGAACUGGGGUUGGACGACGAGAAUCACUUUUAGAUUUUAUAACUUGUGUGCGCCCUCUCCUCCUCUUUUCUCUGCCUCUUUUUCCGGGCUUUGGAGUCCGUGAAAGUUUGGAUAAACAUAAGACUGCGAUUUAUGCGGAUAUACUAACUUCCAAACCUUGUGUUGACGUUUGCAGUUGACGGUUUUGAGACGUUGGAGAUACAAAACAUCCAAUCUGAACCACUUGCAAUUGUAAAAGAAAGGAAUGCUGAGCAGAAGAGGCGCAUGGAGAGAUGCUGUUUCUUCUACCAUGGAACUGAAGUGCACAGUAGCAGUUUCAGUGCUUUUGCUUGUAAGCUUUUGUCCCAUUUUCAGCCAAGAGCUCAAUCCAAAGGGUAGGAAUGUUUGCAAAGUUCAAGGGUCACCAGGGUUUGUGUGUUGCAGCGGAUGGGCACAGCAAGGCGAAGAGUGUUUAACACCUCUCUGUGAAGGUAACUUCACCUGUAACGAGAACGAGGUGUGUGUCCGACCAAAUGAAUGCCGUUGUCGUCAUGGGUAUUUUGGGGCAAGCUGUGACACGAAAUGCCCCCCUCAGUUCUGGGGUCCAGACUGCAAGGGCAUGUGCACAUGUCACCCUAACGGUAAAUGUGACGAUGUGACCGGCAAGUGCACAUGCUACCCCAACCGCUGGGGUGAAAACUGUGAGAAGCCCUGCCAAUGCCAGAAGGGGAAAUGUGACCAGGAAACGGGAAAAUGCACAUGCCAUGCCAGUUACUGGGGGCCCCAGUGCAACAAUAACUGUUACUGCAGCAUAAAUUCGGUGUGUGAUCAGAGCACGGGCCGAUGCAUCUGUAACCCGGGCUGGUUCGGGCGAAACUGUGGGGCUCAGUGUUCGUGUAACAACUCACCCUGUGAGCAGUUUACGGGCCGAUGCCAGUGCAGGGAUAGGCUCUGGGGUCAACAUUGUGAGCGCUACUGCCAGUGCGUGCAAGGGAAGUGUAACCCAGCUGAUGGAUCGUGUACCUGUAAACCCGGAUAUAGAGGGAAGUUGUGCCGGGAGCCGUGCCCAGCAGGAUUCUAUGGACAGAACUGCAGAAACAGGUGUGGUCACUGUAAAGGCCAGCAGCCCUGUAAGGUGACCGAAGGGCGCUGUGUAACCUGUGAGAGUGGCUGGAAUGGAACUAAAUGUGAUCAGAUGUGUGCACCAGGUUACUUUGGAGAGAACUGUAUGAAUCAGUGUCCACCCUGCAAAGAUGGCCACUACUGCAACCGUAUUGAUGGGAAAUGUUCCCAUUGUAAUCCUGGCUGGAUUGGCGAUCGCUGUGAAGUGCGCUGCCCUAACGGAACCUAUGGGGAAAACUGUGAAAAAGAUUGCAGCCAUUGUUUUAAUGGAGACUGCCACUUUGCCACAGGAGAGUGUCUGUGUGACCCUGGCUUUUACGGGACAUACUGCAACCUGACCUGUGAGUUUGGUCAGUUUGGAGUGAACUGUGCCCAAACCUGUCCGUGCCACGACAAGAACUGCAACCCAGUGUCAGGGGCAUGCAACCUAUAUCCUAAUCAGCGGAUGGGAGUUAUAGCUGCAGGAACGUUGGUAACAUUCCUGCUGGUUGUUCUACUCUCUCUGCUGUGCUGCUGUUUCCUCUGUAGCAACAAAAACAACCGCAAUCCUGACCAGGAAAACUCCACCAACAGUAAGAAGGCCAAGAUAAUCCUGUGUGGCGGAUUCAGCCGAAUCAGCACCAAACUCCCCAGAAUACCUCUGAGGAGACAGAAACUACCCAAAGUUGUUGUUACCCACCACGAUCCUGAGAACACGGUUGAAUCCCCCUCCGUGGUGGACCAGCCUUCUCCAUCUUGGUCAUCUCAGGAGUCUUUCUCUUCCUUUGAAACAAGCGAAGAUGGGCCUGUUUACUGCAUACCACAUGAAGAGACUAUGAAUGAGAGCUGUGAGAAACAAAGUUCUAGUGCUGCUCCAGAAACAUCAUCAUCACCCAAUGAAGAAGAUGCAGGAGAGUAUACAUCCCUAAAAAACACAAGAGAAUCUACUACGCAAACUGUUAGCGAUGGGAGUGAGCAGCCGCUCCUGAAGUCUUCAGACAGUGAGGGCUCUUCUAGUGGAUCUGAGUCAACCAUGGGUGCUGUUUAUGCCCAUAUCGCCCGCCUUUCCAAACAUUCCAAAGAGGAGGAGGACAAUGCCUCUACACCAGAGGUAAAAGGUAAUGGCAAGGCUCCAUCCACAGAGAAGAUGAAACCACGUCCUCCAGACCCUUCCACCAAACCGAAGGUAUCCUGGAUCCAUGGAACAUCUGGAACCAACCAAACAGAGCAAGGCCAGACUCCGACACCACAAAAAGAGAAGAACUCUGAAAGUUCUGGAAAUUUUGAUGAUAAACAGCGAUCAAAGGAGAAGUCGAGCAAGAACCGUGAAAAGCAUCAGGAUGGUAAAAAGUUGGAUGAAACCGAACCUCCGAGCAAAACCAUAACUCUCAAAGCUUCUGAUACUAUUGAGCACCUCAAUGGAACUUUCCAGAAUGCCUGGAAGAAGAUUGGAAGUUUCCAUUCAGACAAGAAAAUGAGUGACACCAACAAAGAUCCACCCAAGAGCCCAAAAAUCAUGCAUCCACACAUGAACUCUGAGGCUGCCACUCUACUUGCAGCUCAACUGAAGGAGAAGACCCAAAGCCUCAAUCGCAAUGAGGGUCUUACAGUAGGCAUCAAACACAAUGGUGUGUCAACCCCUCAAGCCAGCAGAGAAAAGCCAACACCACCUCAAAAGACCAAGCGUUCUAUUACUGGGACCAACAAACCCCUUCUUCCCACUUCCAGCAACCUUCAGAAGAUGGUGGGCCCUAUUUCAGACUCUACUCCUGAAUCUAAAAGUUUAGAGAAACAGGGGGUAAAUGCGACCAAGCUGGAAGUUGAAGGGGAGGCCACACCAAAGAAAACGCCAAUCAAAAAACCACCAAGGAAAAAAGGAAAGGAGGGAAUACUGGACAGCGUAGGCAAAAGCACUCCAAAGACGGCCAUUAUGCCACCUCAGACUGUCAAGUAGUAACGUCCAUUUUUGAGAACAUAAUGUAUGACCAGGGGUGCAUUAAGGUACCAUGCGCUACACGGACGGCCUUCAUGGAUGCACACCAUCUCAGUGUUUACAACAGCGUCUCCCGCUGAGUGUGUGCAGAUGCGUUCCUCUCGCGAAAGUCGACAGGGGAUAAUGGGGUGGUGGACGCCGCGAAAGGGGCCCCUUGGGAGUUGUGGGGCCAUGGGCCUUAGCCUGUGCAAGCCCGUGCAUUAAUGCGUCCCUGUGUAUGACACACCGUUUUUUAUUUUUCGUUGAACACUAUAUAGGAAUUGGAUGGAUUUUUAAAUGAACGAGCUGCUUAUAGGAUUUAAUAUUUUGAAGGAUUUUGGUUCUUGAUAACUCUUUUGAAGUCCUGGAAUCGGAAGCAACACCGUGGGAUGGCUGUAUUUUUAUGUACAGCUUUAAAAAGGAGUUGACUGAAAUUAAUGUAAUAAGCUCAUUUUUGUAUGCUUUCAGUUUUAAAUCUGCUACACUAUGUCAUUGUGUUUGAGCAUUGAACAAAGAGAUAUUUUGCUAUCGUAAUUUCCGUGUGAUCGUAUGAAGUAAUUUGCCGUUUUUGUGUCUGAAAGGUUGAAUUUAGCACUGUAUUGACAGGUGUAAAGAAUGAACCAAAGGUACUGAAAAGGUACAGAGAUGAUGCCAGAAAUUCGCCUAGAUUUUUUAUUUUCUCAGGCCAUAUAUGUACAUGUUCAAUAGCUUGUAAAUCAAGGAAAUUGUUUGCUUUGCUACUAGGAUAAUGUUUUUCAUAUACAAAUUUUUGUCCAUAAAAUGCUCUCUUGAAUGAAAAUGUUCACUCCCCAUCAGUUAUAAAUACCACCUGCCACCGGCUAGCAUUAACAAGUAGCAAGUCAGGGUUUUGCUGAGCUGUGAUAUAAACUAAAGGCCAUAGAGCAAGUAAAAAUCCCAUUCAUUUUCUCCACAGGCGAAUUGAUUUUUAACGAUAAUUUAUAAACCUUUAAAGACAGACCUACAGUGAGCUCCGAGAUUGCUCAUUGAUGGCAUAUGCUUCUGCCAACAGUCUGUGUUCUUUACACUUAAAAAUUGUGUUUAAUGGCAUAAUUCUUGGUGAAAAACUACACUAACCAUAAUCCUGAGGGGGCAAAUCCACCAAUCAUAGAGUGGUAGCAAACAAGCUGCAACCGCAGCGAAUGACGCAAAUCUCUACACUCCCUACACUCUCAAACUACUUAUAUUUUUAUAUGUAUUAGGGCUGUCAUUCAAUAACAAUUUUUAAUCGAAUUAAUUACAUGGUGUGCCAAUUAAUUAAUCGAAUUAAUCUCAUAUAUAAAUGUUUGCUGAGAAAGCCUCUCAAAUAACAAUAAUUCAAUAUAUAAUGGUGAAAUAAUUAUAAAUAGUUAUAUGUAAAUAUAUUUAUAAGAAUAUUGUAAAGAUUUUGCUCUUAUGGAAAGAAAUUGAUAUUUUUAUUAACCAAAGUGGCAUUCAGCUGAUCACAAUGUAUAGUCAGGACAUUAAUAAUGUGAAAAAUUACUAUUACAAUUUUAAACUACUUCAAAGAUUUCUCAUCAAAAAAUCCUCCACAUGCAACAAUGACAGCUUUGCAGAUCCUUGGCAUUCUAGCUGUCAGUUUGUCCAGAUACUCAGGUGACAUUUCACCCCACGCUUCCUGUAGCACUUGCCAUAGAUGUGGCUGUGUUGUCGGGCACUUCUUACGCACCUUACAGUUUAGCUGAUCCCACAAACGCUCAAUGGGGUUAAGAUCCAGAACACUCUUUUCCAAUAAUCUGUUGUCCAAUGUCUGUGUUUCUUUGCCAACUCUAACCUUUUCUUUUUGUUUUUCUGUUUCAAAAGUGCUGUUUCUUUGCAGUUCUUCCCAUAAGGCCUGCACCCCUGAGUCUUCUCUUUACUGUUGUACAUGAAACUGGUGUUGAGCGGGUAGAAUUCAAUGAAGCUGUCAGCUGAGGACAUGUGAGGCGUCUAUUUCUCAAACUAGAGACUCUGAUGUACUUCUUGUUUAGUUGUACAUUUGGACCUUCUACAUCUCUUUCUGUCCUUGUUAGAGCCAAUUGUCUUUUGUCUCUGAAGACUGUAGUGUACACCUUUUUAUGAAAUCUUCAGGUUUUUCUUUUUUUUCACCUUUGUAUGAAAUCUUCAGUUUUUUGGCAGUUUCAAGCAUUGUAUAGCCUUCAUUCCUCAAAACAAUGAUUGACUGAUGAGUUUCUAGUGAAAGCUGUUUCUUUUUUUUUUUUUUUUUUUUUUUUGCCAUUUUUGACCUAACAUUGACCUUAAGACAUGCCAGUCUAUUGCAUACUGUGGCAACUCAAAAACAAACACAAAGACAAUGUUAAGCUUAAUUUAACGAACCAAAUAGCUUUCUAGUACCAAAUUAGCAAUUUAGCAUGAUUACUCAAGGAUAAGGUGUUGGAGUGGUGGCUGCUGGAAAUGGGGCCUGUCUAGAUUUGAUCAAAAAUAACUUUUUUUAAAUAGUGAUGGUGCUGUUUUUUUUUUUUUUUUACAUCAGUAAUGUCCUGACUAUACUUUGUGAUCAUUUGAAUUCCACUUUGGUGAAUUAAAGGACCAAUUUCCUUCCAAAACAGCAAAAUCUGUACAAUAUUCAAAACAUUUGGCCACCAGUGUAUAUUAUUAAAAAAAAAUAUUCAGAUGAUUAAAAUGCAUUACAUUAUUGUGGCAGAGGAGUUAAGCAUUGAUAAAACAAUACAAAAAUUGCCUUAAGAAUUCAAUGUAUUGUUUAUUUGCAUAUUAUUAAACAUAAGCCAAUCAUUGCCCUACAGUUCACAGCAAUACAUUUUGCAAUUUAAUUUGUCAGUCAGUCCGAGAUUUAUUAUGAGGGCUUGUCUAAGGACCCGUCAAUGUACACCUGUGUCAGACGGAUACUUUUGGAGCAUCUCACUUUGGUUGCGUCGUGUUAUAAACAUACUAUUUUUAAUAUCUUUAUUAGAUUGUAUCUCAUUCCCACAUUAAAGACAAUAGGUACAAAGUCUUGUCUUUUGUCCAAUUUUCAAAUACUGAUUUGCUUCAAAUCAAAGUUUGUAAUGUUGUAAUUCACCUCUGAGCUGGUUGGUUUGGUUCAUGGCUUAGAACUCUUUUAUGAAGGAUUUUAUGAAAUCUCUAUGGAAAAAAAUUAAUGGGAAAAUACUUGAAAAAGCUGAGAAAGUGGACGGCACUGUUGCGCUCUAUAAGGAUUUGCUUUUUCUCUCGUUAGCUCUGUUGAGUUCCAUGUUUGUUGAUGUACCUGCUCGCAUACCUUUCCCAGUGCUAUCUUUUAUAUAAUCAUUCUACAUUUUCAUCCAACCAUGGAUGGUAAAAGAGCUCAACACCUGGUGUCAGUAUAAGAAUAUUUAAUUUGAAACCGCAAAUGAUUAGUUUUGAUCAUAUUGGCCGGAUUUGCAUUUAAAAGCAGCCCUGAAAAAAAUAUGUUUGUCCAGCGUUAAUAUAAAACCAUCAGCGAUACUUUAAUUCAUAUGCCUUAAAAAAGUGCUUGCCAUAUGUUAUUUAUAAAUGCAGCAUUUGCCUGAUUUUUUAAUAAGGCUUGCUUUUUGUUUUCAUACUGUAGAUCUUGUAUUAUUUGUCCUACCAUAAACAACCACAGUGCCUGAAAGAUGCCAGUAUAAAGCAACCUUCAAGUUACUUAAUAUUCAGACUUUGCUAAGGGUAUUGAUUUGAAGAGUUGUAAAUUAAAUCCUAAGAGUUACUUUUGAAUGGUUUGUCGUGGCUAUAUAGUUGCAGUAAGCUCAGUACAUCCAGCAUUUUCUGUCUUGAAAAUUAGCACAAUAACUAAUAAAAUGUUUACUUUAAAUUUUUUACUUUUUAGUUUAUUUUAAUUAUUAUUGUUAUUAUUAUUAUUAUUAUUUUUUUUUUUUUUUUGUGGUACAACUUGCUGUCUGUACCACCCCAUAGCACUUGCAAAUACUUAUAAGAUGAAAUCACAGGAAAUGUUAAGUCAAAUAGAAGAUGGUAGAAGUGUAUGAAAAAAACUGGAAGGUUAAGUUUUCAUGAAAAAUGCAGGAAUAAAUCCGGGCCUGUAGUAAUUUUUUAUUUGUAAGCAGGUUAAUACCCUUUUUUUUUUUUUUUUUUUUUUUUUUUUGUGGUGUACAGUAACUGCUAUUCCGUCAUAUGGUACCUUAUAUUUUUCUACAUGCUAAGAUAUUAUGUAAUAAUGUUUUACCUACAUUUGUAAGCUGUGCUUAUACAACGUAUAUCUUGCUUUUUUUUUUUUUUUUUUUUUUUUUUCUGUGUCAAAUGAACUGGUUUUCAAAUUUGAUUACAUUUUAUUUCAUUUUUUAUGUGCAAACAUCAGGUACAUUGGAUUUUUAUAUGUAAAUGUCUUACUGUUUACUUUCAGUAGAGGUUUUUCACAUGUCUCUGUGGAUGUUUAGGUUUUUGUAAAUGAUAAACUGUAUGAUGCAGAGGUCAGUGAGAGAUUAUCUAUGCAUGUAUUCCAGUGUUCCGUUUUUUCUUAAUGCUUUUCCUUACGUGGGAUCAAUGACAAAAAACAACAUUUCAUGUUUUUGCACGGAAUCCAGAAUAUUACCAACUGCAGUAUAUGAGUUUUAUAAGAGCUUGAAGAACAGACUUUGGCAUGAGCUUUGAGUGAAGCCCAGCCUUAAACAUGGAGCAUUAUCAAUUACAGUCUCAUAAUGUUCAUUCAUUUUGUCCUGAUUUGUUAUUUUAUGUUGUUGAUGUGUGGUUGUUCAGUUACCUUAUUUCAAAUAAAAGCAAACCUGUAGCUCAUGAAUCUAAAGGGCACAAA